AUGAGGGCUGCACACCGACUCCUCGCCUCCGUUCAGCGGAGCACCCAAUUCCUCCAACCGGGAGCUCCCACCGGUCUCGCAGGCCUAAUCACUCACUCCUCUCCACGAAGCACGCUCCUCUACACCUACCACACAACCUUGGAGAAGCUGAAGCAAUUCCCCGAACACUCCGUGUACAGACAAUCUACCGAAGCUCUCACGCGACACCGCAUUGGCAUAAUCGAAUCGGUCAAACCAGCCGGCCUAUCAGAAUGGCAACAGCGCGUCAAUAAGCUGGUAGAAGACCACCCUGAGGCAUUCCGAAAAGUACCAAUUCAAGGUACUAGCGGACCGGGAGAAUUCAAUAUUGUGUGGAAGGACCAGGCAUUGAAGGAGGUUAAAAAUAAGAAGGACGAGGACGAUGCCUUUAUUGGAGAGCCGCAAGUCGAAGGGAUUGCGACUGAAGAGGAGAGGAAAGGUCAGGCCAUGAUGGCACGAGAUCUAGAGGCAGAGGCAGCGGCUAUUCCAAGGAUUGAGAGUGAGCCGGCUUUGACAGUGGAGCAGGUCAAUGAGAUUGAGAGCAAGAUUGGCGCAGGAUUGAUUGAGGAGAUCAUUCAAGUUGCGGAGGGUGAGAGCAAGCUUGUGGAUAUCAUGCUGGAGAAUAAAGUGUAAGUCAUGUCUCUCUUGAGUCUUUUGGUGACAGUCAGGUGCUAACUGCAUAACAGAUGGGAGGACCUCGAGGAGAAGCCUCAGGCCAACCAAUGGAGCUACUUCGAACGCGACACUCAUACAGGAAAGACUCAGGCGCCAUAA